AUGUUUGUGACAGGGCCACUCCACUCCCUUUCGUCGCUGCGUCCGACAGCAGCUCUCUCUCCAGAUCUCGGCCGACGGCGGUCGCGGUCUGGCACUCGUCUGGGCUACAGCUCGCCGUCGGCUGCCUGUCCACCCUGCAGCAUUAACCUAGCCGCCUCACCAAGCGAGCCCACCAAAGCAAUAGCGUCGCUGCUGCCGGAGUUCGAUCCGGCGGACGCGGGUGCCGGCCGCGGCCUCGUCGAGCGCCUCACCGCCGACGCCCCGGCGCUCCAGCAGGAGGUCCUCACCGAGAUCCUCACCAGGAACGCCCAGACCGAGUACCUCCGCCGCUUCCUGGAUGGCUUGCCACCAGGCGCCUCGGCCGCCGACCUCCGAGAGGCCUUCAAGGAGCGCGUGCCCGUGGUCAGGUACGAGGACAUCAAGCCGUACGUGUACCGCAUCGUCUCCGGCGAGCCGUCCAGCGUCCUCUGCUCCGAGCCCAUCACCGAGCUCGUCAGAAGCUCGGGCACGUCCGGGGGGCACCAGAAGCUCUAUCCAUCCACCACGGAGAAGCUCCACCAGAGGAUGUUCUACAAUGCCUUAGAGGCAGCCGUGAGGAAGAUGCAUUUGCAUGCUGAUCAGGAGAAAUGCGGCAAGGGAAUGUACCUCAUGUUCACUUUCCCUGGGAACCCGACCAUCUCCGGCUUGCCCGUCCACUCGUCUGGCACCGCCUACUGCUACAGCAGCCAUUUCAGGUAUCACGACAUCCACAGGAACACUAGCCCCAUCGAGGCAGUCUACUGCCCAGAUGUCAAGCAGAGCAUGUACUGCCAGUUGCUCUGCGGCCUGAUUGACCGACGAAUCGUCGACCAUGUCGGCGGCGCCUUCGCUCACGGUUUCGUGAAAGGGAUCAGGUUCUUGGAAGAUAACUGGGAGGAGAUGUGCUCCAACAUCCGCACUGGACAUCUCAGCGACUGGAUAACGCAUGUUCCUUUGCGUGAUGCCAUCUCUCAGCGUUACCUGCGACAGCCUGACCCAGCACUAGCCGAUGAGAUCGUGUCCCAGUGUGCCGGGAGGCCUUGGGAUGGGAUACUGAGGAGGCUAUGGCCAGGAGCACGGUACAUCCUCACCAUUGUCACCGGCUCCAUGUCGCAGUACAUUCCAAUUCUCGAGAGCUAUGGUGCUGGGUUACCGAUUGUUUCGCACACAUACGUGUCUACGGAGUGCGCUGCAGGAAUCAAUCUAAGGCCUCUUGAUCCGCCUUCCCACGCGUCGUAUGCAUUGCUUCCAAACAUUGCAUACUACGAGUUCGCAGAGGUCAAGCGUGGUGAUGAUGACAUGGUGCAACGAACAACUGAUAAUUUUGGUGGGUUAAAGCUUGUGGAUCUUAUGAAUGUCAAAAUCGGUCGGUGCUAUGAGCUGGUUAUCACCACCUCUGCAGGACUUUACAGGUACCGGGUGGGUGACCUUUUGACAGUGAGUGGAUUCUACAACGCAACGCCACUAUUUCAGUUCUCCGGGAGGCACAAUGUUGCCUUAAACAUUGACUUCGAGUGUAUAACCGAGGAGGACCUCCUCAAGGCCAUUUCGCAAGCAUAUGAGCUGCACCUUAGGCCUCUUGGUUACAUGUUUGGUGGUACCACUGCAUAUGCGGACAUAUCCACCUUGCCUGGCCACUACGUCCUCUUCUGGGAGCUGCUCCGUGCAGCUGAGAGUAACCAUAUUGCCAGUGAUAUCGACCGGACUGUCAUGGAGAAGUGCUGUCUGACCGUGGAAGGAUGCUUCGAUCAGAUGUACCGCAAAAGCCGGCACCGUGGGUCGAUCAGGGCACUCGAGAUUAGGGUGGUGAAACCUGGUGCAUUUGAUGCUCUGAUGGAUUUGUUCGUGUCUAGGGGCGCAUCGCCUAGCCAGUACAAAACUCCAAUGGCUAUUCGAUCAGAAGAAGCGCUGAUGGUGUUAGAGGAGAGGGUGUCAGGAAGGUUCUUUAACCCAGAAACGCCCAGCGGCCCUGUGUAUGAAUACGAGAGGAAAUGA